UCAAACUCGUGCAAUUAUGGACACAAAUUUAUUAGAUAAUUUUGUGUACAGAUAUAUUUCAAUGCCCGAUAAAUCCAUGUUGAGUUUGAUGACAGAUUUCGGAUUUAGGCCAUGUCUGGUUAUGGAUUUGUUGAAGCAGCUUGCCGGAGGUGCUGGCAAAAUAUCUUUUACAAAGAAAGAUGGUUAUAAUUGGUUGAACAAAGUACGACAACAAAGAAUACAAGGAGGCGAUAUCAACACAUUACUAGCCUUAUUUGAGAGUAUGAAAGUAAAAGACGACGACUUUUUCUACAAAUACGAGGUGGAUGAAGAAGGUGCGCUUUCAAGGAUUUUUUGGUGUGAUGGAGCUUCAAGAGCUGAAUAUGGACUUUUUGGGGAUGUUUUAAUUUUUGACAGCACGUACAAGACAAAUAAAUACUUGUAUCCUCUCGUUAUUUUUUCUGGAGUCAACAAUCAUGGUUCAACAUGCAUUUUUGGAGCAUCUUUCUUGAGGAAUGAGACAAUUUAUUCGUAUCAAUGGUUGUUGGAAGCACUUCUUGAAGCGAUGAACGGCAAAGUUCCUAGGUCUGUUUUGACAGAUCAAGAUUCAUCUAUGGUAGCUGCUAUUCUUUCAAAGUUUCCUAAAACGAAGCAUCGGUUAUGUGGUUGGCAUCUUGGAAGAAAUGUUCGGCAGAAUAUCAAAGUGCCGGGUUUUUGUUCAGAUUUUUUGAGAUUGUUGAAGAAAUCAUGCUCAGUUGAUGAGUUUGAGGCACGAUGGGCAAAUAUAGUUGAGAUGCAUGAGGUAGCAGAUAAACAAUGGGUUUUGGAUAUAUUUGAAAAGAAAGAAAAGUGGGCCGAGGCAUAUUUUCGCGGACAUUUUAUGGCAAUGACAUGGACAACACAAAGGGCUGAGUCAAUGAACUCAUUAAUUAAGCUUGCCGUCGAUCAAAAGAUGACUAUUACUGAGUUUGUGAAGCACUACAAUUGCACGCUACAGAAUCUAAGGAGUAAUUUUCUUACUGAACAAGAUGAUUCAGAGAAUACGAAACAUGCAAUUAGAGAAAGUCCUCUUAAAAGGCUCGAGGAGCAUGCAGCCAGUAUAUGCACGAAAAAAAUCUUUCAUGUUAUACGUGAUGAGAUUACAGCAGAGCAGGGCCUUUUAAUGGAAAGUAAACGUGAGAUAGGUAGAGAACAAUAUGCAUUCUUGUUUGAAAAUUACGACAAACUUGAUGGUGCGCAACAUUCUGUGAUUAUUGACAAGUUAAAUCACAAUUUCAAGUGUGAUUGUCUGAUGCUUGAGUCUGAGGGUGUACCAUGCCGACAUAUCAUAGCAGCCUUCAAGUUAAUGCGGAUUAAGGAAUUUCCAUAUAACAGCAUACACCAUCGUUGGCUUAUUGACACAGGUAGGAUACUAAAAAAUAAAUAUCCGGAGGCUAUCCCCGUAGUCGGAGCACAGCAGACACGAUUUGCACUAUUAAACAAAGAAUCGUUAAAUUUGUCAUACACAUCAUCACAGACGGAGUUGGGAUUUAAUGAAACCUUAAAACGGGUAAGGAAAUUUUCUGACGAGGCAACAAAGGAAUGCUUAAAGCAUAAUGACAUUGGGGCUCAUACAGUUGGAAACGGUGUUGCUGAUGCUUCGAAGAAAUUUUCUGAACAUGUUGGAGACCCUCCUUUAGGUUGUAAUGUGAAUGAUCCUGGACGAAUAAAGACUCGAGGUGCAAAACGUGCUAAGCAACAGAAUUGUGGUUUUUGUCGGGAGCCUGGCCAUAAAACUACCACGUGUAUUAGAAAUCCCGUCAACAUUGAUCGACGUACAAAUGCUUGUGCCAAGAAAUCAAGAAAUAUAGUGGAAACUAGUAGUACUCAAUAUGACUGUAGUCAGAAUUCAAUAGGAUCGUGUCUAUAGAUGGAUGGUUAUGGUGACCAUGGAAUAAUUUUGAUUAUGAUUAUCCUUGGAUUUUUGUUUUUA